AUUGCUUAGGAGAAUACCUCGAAAUUCUUUCUUUCUACAUUGUACAAAAACGUUUAAAAAAAUGGGAGUAUAUGUAUAUGGGAGUAAAGACUAAAAAGCAAAAAUUAAGAAGGGUGGGUUAGAUGUAUAACAAUACCAUCCCAUUCUUGCUGGUGUCUUCAUAUCUCUGACAGUCAGUUAUUAAAGGUUAAUCAGUCUGCAAUACAAAAAAGUCCUAAUUGAUAUACUCCUCCUAUAUGACCCAUCAUGCUUAGAGAGUGUUCAGCAGAGUAAUAUCAUGUUGCAGAGCAACUUAAACCCAUAUUAAGAGUAACACUAUACCUACUCUUUAUAAUCACUGUAAUCUUUGGCUUAUGCCUGACUCUCCCAGGACCCAGUUAUUUGCAUCUGCAGGAUUACCUCAACCACAUGAGGCUACGUCACAAAACAGGUUAACUUGAAACCUUGCUAGAUUUUUUUCUUUGCCAACACCAGCUUAUAUUGCGAUAUGGAUUCAUAGACAUUAAUCAUGUAGAUCUGAUCUUCUCUGGCAGAAAAAUGACCUCUUCCGUACUGUUAGAAACCACGUUAUGGAAACACUCGAGAGGAUGGCUCAUACAGAAAGAAAACACCUGAACCCUUAACACUGAAGAAAGUUUAAAAACUAAUGGUUUUUCUACCUGCUACAAAUCUUUAUUUGUGGCAAAAUUACAAAAGAUAAGUGAAAGACCCUAUCAUCAUCUGUGAGGGAGUGAGGUUUAGCAAAAUUAAGUUUUAAGAGAACUUUUAAUGACUUAUCUUUGGCUUUAGUCAUGCCAAUUCAAUUUUCUUUGUCUUAUUAUUUGAUAAAACUUAGUAAUCACAAAUAAUCCUCUAACCCUGAGUCUUUACACUGUUGUUUUCUGACAUCCAAAUGUUUUUCUUUUGAGAAUUGUUUUGAGCCGAGUGAAGGAUUGAGUUAUUUAUUUUAGAGAACUAAAGCUAGUCCAUGGUAUAGAAAAUUCUAAGCAUAGUUAAACAUUUAAUACACACAUUUCAAUCACUAAAAACACUAACCAUGUCCUUCAAAGAAGCAGAUAAAAUGUUGAUAUUUAUUUUCUGCUUUAUUUUUACUUUGAGGGUGUUUUUCAUUUAUUUAUUUUUUAUCAUAUCACCAUGUUCUUUAAAAGUUGGGCAUUUGUAAAUGACCAGCAUACCAGUGAUGUUAUUUAAAAACAAAACAAAAAACACCAGCUUUUCUUCAUUCUCGCCCACUACCUCCUCCAUAGAUACAUACAUACGCAUCUGCUUCAUGAACUGAAAUAAUGUAAUUUAGCAAAAAUUAUUCGCAAAACGACAUUAUAUUGAAAAGAUAGAAUGCUGACAUUGUGUAUUUGGGGUUUAUAAGUGGUGCUUACCUGGCUUAUGUUGACCAGCAGAUGUCACUGCGUACAUUAUAGAUAUGCCCCAGAAAUAACCACAGUGAGGACAUUUUCACAGCUCGUAUGCCAAUACCACACCAAAAAGACUCAGAAGACGCCUGCAGACCAAGUUAGGAAUUCCGGUACAAACCCUGAAAGAGUUAAGGAUAAGUAUGCAUUUGUGUAAACUUUAUUCUUUGUGUCUCUUCUUGCUUUGGACUUACUACAAGUCCCGCCAUUCCUUGUCAGGAUCGCCCACCCACUUUCAACGACGGGUUGAGCUUCUGUCCAAUCGUGGUUCUCAAUGUCAUGAUUGACGUGUCAUCUACGAGCUGCCAUUGGUUUCUAUGUGGUUUCCAGGAAGUGAACGCCACUGUUCUAACCACCUCCUACAUGUGAGCCCCAUCCAUAGCACCACGCGCGGCGUGUGGAGGAGAGAGAAACCGGUCGGGAAGGCAACGUCACUCCUCGGACCACUGAUUUGACGUAGUGCAGCGGAUAGACAGCGGAGCGGAGCGGCGUUGUCCGAGGCAGGUACCGUACCGGUUCCGUUUACACCAAUAGAUAAACAGGCUUAAAAGCCGACACUUGGGUUAUCCCAGGAAAGCGGCGGAAAAGUAGGUCGUAUUAGGUAAGAACAGGGUGGACACUAGGGCCUGGCAGAUUGUAGGCCUGCUAUUCUCCACGCACUGUACUGACAGAAGCAGCCCAGGCAGAGUCUUUUCCUCUCGGUCAGUCCAGCUGCCAGAUCUGGUCAGGUGCCUUAACGGACACCGCGCCACUGGUUUGAAGAGGUAUUAAGUCCAGCAAGUCAAGAUGAAUAUUUCAUGAGCUCUUCUGUCUAGUCGGUUUGGUUAGUGCCAGGUUUACCGCAAAUGUUAUGCUUUUCUUUUUACGCCUUUUCAGGUGCUGAAGCGAUUACAGCAGAAAGAUGGCGGACGACCCUAGCGCGGCGGACAGGAACGUGGAGAUAUGGAAAAUCAAGAAGCUGAUCAAAAGUUUGGAAGCUGCCCGCGGGUAAGUGAUCGAUAUGAGCGGAGUGUCGGUGCCGUGGCAAGGCAAAAUGUUGUUUGUUUUAUGGCUUUGGUUGAUGAUGGAAAUGUUGACCGCCGCAACAGCUGGAGAUCGGAUAAGUGGGGCCGAAUUUGGGAGUGGUUAGCUUAGCAUAGCUAACUUUGCUUACCGUUACUUUUGCUGCCAGCUAGCAGCUAACUGCUAAACGUUAGCGUGAACUGCCGCCGCAUGUAGCCUACCUGAAGCUUUGUGGUGCUGUGUUUAUUGAGACAAAAGCUCAUUUUUUAUACUUUAACGUGUAUGUGUCGUUAGUCACAUAAGGUAGGAUGCUGUCUUGAGUCUUGUAAAGGUAGAGCGACGGUAAGGUUUGUGCUAGCUGUGUUUUCAGGGAGCUAACAGACGUCAUUUCAGAAAGAGGCCGCCAUGGGUGUCUUUAACAAGAAAGCACGUUGAUGAGAAAGGAAGGCCGGCUAGCUUACAGCUGGGCUUCCACAUGAUCCGGCGGAUUAAUGCUAAGACUUUAAAUUACGUUUAGCAGGCCUUUGUUCGUGUAUGUGAUAGAGCUCUUUAUUUCCCAAAGAGUCUUCUUGCUCAGUUGCCUCAUGGCAAACGCGGGUCUCGAUGUGACAUUACAGCGUUAUUGGCUAUCAAAUAGCCCACUGUAAUGAUCACGGCAGAGAUCGUUCGCUUCACACGACAUGUGAAUUACGGGAGUUGUUGAAUUGGCUUACAGCUUUCUCUACGUCAGCUUGCUGUAUAGUCCUGCGCAGAAUUUGCUGCCCUGUGCUGUACCGCCUGCCAUGUCACAGUUGACCAUUUGCCCUAUAUUCUUCCAGCUGCUGCUACCUGCCCGGUUGCCUAUUUGUGUGUGUGUGUGUGUGUGUGUGUGUGUGUGUGUGUGUGUGUGUGUGUGUGUGUGUGUGUGUGUGUGUGUGUGUGUGCAGUGUCAGCUAGUGCUGGUAUGCUUUGUCUUGAUAGAUACUGAAUGAACUGACAUUGUGGAGCAGAACAACUCAGUCCUCAGCUUCAAGGGCAGAGAUUGUAUAUUGAGUGGCUAAAAGCUUGUCUUAUUUGUCCCUCAACCUUUAGCCCUGGUCAAGGUGAUAUAUUGCAAGGGACGGUUGUUUGUUUUCAAAGUUCUGUGAAAUUAAAAUAAGAGCUCAUUUAAGAAACUGUAGUUCAAGUUUCAAACAAUCAAGAUUGAUGUUGCCCAACCAUGUCGGAGUCAUUCUGAUACAGCUUAGAGUAACAUUGUUUUGGAAAUGUCUUGUGUUUAUGUCAACAGUAAUAGAAAUGUUUCUCUCUCUAUAGCAAUGGCACCAGUAUGAUCUCACUGAUCAUCCCUCCAAAGGACCAGAUAUCUAGAGUGGCCAAGAUGUUGGCUGAUGAGUUUGGUACUGCUUCCAACAUCAAGAGCCGAGUCAACAGGCUCUCAGUGCUCGGGGCCAUCACUUCUGUACAGCAAAGACUAAAACUCUACAACAAAGGUAUGUUUCAGUUAAGACUUACACAUGCUCGUUUAUGUAGAAGAUGCACAUCAGUACAGUAGCUCAUCUGGAAAGAUGGAAUCAUUAUCAGGACGCCUUUUACAGUAAAAUUAUUCUAAUGUUGCAAGUGAAGCUAUUUAGAUAGACAAAUGUGUUUGACAUUUUGUGAGAUGUGACUGAUAUAGAGUUGUGGCCAUAAAAAAGCUGCUAAGUGAACUUGAAUAUUAGGGGUUUGCUCAAAAAAAGUGUGCUUUAUCUCCUUAAGUAUUAUUGUUUCUUUAACAGCAAGUUUAAACUGAAGGGGAAAUCAUCUAUAUGCGAUUGUACCUCAUCUUUCCCAGCAUAUACUUGUUUAAUGUGUGGUGAACUGUGCACUGUCUUGUAGCUUGGGACCAGAAAGUAAAAUCAAGGCCCUUGUUUAACUAGUGAAGGGUGUGGUGGUCAUAGCAUUGAAUUGUUUAGAGAGUAUGUGAUACAGCUGUGCACUAACGGUCUCCACACUGCCAGUACAUACACUUGUAUCAUUACCUAAGACUGGAGAGAGGAAAACGCAGGGGGAAGUCUUAGCCUACAGAAAGAUUUUGUUUUUUUUUUUAGAACAAACAGAAACAUGAGCAGUAAUACGUUUUAUAACUGUGUUUGCUCCACUUUUAUAAACUCAGAAGAGUGGUUUGACUAAUCUUUUGGCCUCUUAAUAUUCUCUCUUGCUAGUGCCACCCAAUGGCUUGGUUGUGUACUGUGGCACCAUCGUGACAGAGGAAGGCAAGGAGAAGAAAGUCAAUAUCGACUUUGAGCCUUUUAAACCAAUCAACACCUCCCUGUAUCUCUGUGACAACAAGUUCCACACCGAGGUGAGAACUUCUGCCUGGUUUCCCAUGACUGUUUACACAUGUUUUCCUGUGGGAAAGAUUCUUUGGUUCUAUAAUAGUUGCCCUCUGACGUAAUUGUAAUCCACUGUUCUUCUUCCUCUCUCCAUUAACUCAGGCAUUGACAGCCCUGCUCUCUGAUGACAGUAAGUUUGGCUUUAUUGUGAUCGACGGUAGUGGGGCACUGUUUGGCACACUGCAGGGCAACACGAGGGAGGUGCUGCACAAGUUCACUGUGGACCUACCCAAGAAACACGGUACUAACUCACACAAAACUGAGCUUUUGAUAUUUUUCAACUACACCACAGGGAUCGUUACAGAAUCAGUUUUAUAUCGCUCAAUGUGUACAAAGUUCCUUUUUUGUCUGCUAAUAACAGUCUCUCUUAUCUCUCUCUCUCUCCCUUUCAGGCAGAGGAGGGCAGUCUGCUCUGCGUUUCGCUCGUCUGAGAAUGGAGAAGAGACACAACUAUGUGAGAAAAGUGGCUGAGACGGCUGUCCAGCUUUUUGUGUCCAAUGACAAGGUUAAUGUGGCUGGAAUGGUCUUAGCUGGAUCUGCGGACUUCAAGACAGAACUCAGUCAGUCUGACAUGUUUGACCCAGUAAGUCUUUCUCUGAGUAUGCUGUGUCAUCAAUAAUCUUGUUUACUUCCAAAAUGUCAUGAACUGUUUCAUUUUAAUGUCAACAAAUCAGGAAGUAGGCCAUUAAACCGUUCAGAAUCUGUGUUUGCACAGGCAAACUGCCACUUCAGGAAAUACACAACCAUAAAAACAGGUUUUAGUCAGUUCAACCAAAUGUACUUGGAACCCGGAUUUUGUGAUUUUCACAACAAAUACUUUGAAAUAAAUUGUCUGUGAUGCUUAAAAGAGAUGAAGGCCAUAGUUAAGUAGUUUAAAGUACCUACUUGAGUUUGACCACAAGCAGGUCAUAAUCAGCUGUAAAUUUUGUCUCAAGUCUGCAAUCUAUAAGCAGCUAUAUAUUUCUGCUCCUCAAACAAAGAUUUCUGUGCUCGUAUGUUUUUGAACUCUGGCUAUACUGUACAUAGCCUAACAUUAAGUAAUAGCACAUCCUUUAACCCACUGUGUAAAGCUCUCCUUAUUAAGUGCAGGUCAGUUACAACAGUUACAUUAUGUUUAUGACUCUUGGUUGACUUAUACCACAAUUUGAAACACAACAUUAGUAUCCUUUACAGUAGUUAUUCGGUUUAUACCCGUCAUAUGUUUCAUAAAAAAAUGUAUGAAACACUAUUUGAUUGCCAUUUUAAUUUCUUUCGUUGAAACAUUAAAAAAUAUGCAGUUGUUUAAAGGUAUAUCUGUAAGUACACAAUAUGCUGAAAUAUGCUGAAUUUUCGCAGUAGAAUAUCUCAAUAAAAAACUAAAUAAAGUGAACUGUAAGCCUCUCACAUUGACAGUCUUAACUCUUAAUGGUGGCUACACCCAGUAUGCACUUUGUCAAGUUUUAAUACCAAGAUGUAGCUUUUAACUCACUGGUUUAUGGGAAACUUGGGAGUUCUGUUUAUAUCAAGAAUGGUUAUAACCAUAAUUACGCUAAUCCUGUGUGUAGUCAUUUCAACAGUGCAUCUCACAAGAGUGUGUGUGUGUUUGUGUCUUGCAGAGGUUACAAGCCAAGGUUCUGAAGCUGGUGGACAUCUCAUAUGGAGGAGAGAAUGGUUUUAACCAGGCUAUCGAGCUGUCAGCAGAGGUCCUCUCUAAUGUCAAGUUUAUCCAGGAGAAGAAGCUCAUAGGUUAGUUCUUUGGUUGAUUACAGUGUAUGUAUGAACAACCAUGUUUAGGUGUCGCCAGCUACAGGAUAUAAAAACUACAGUUUCAGAGGUUUGUUUUUUUCCCCACUCUUUACAGGGCGGUACUUCGAUGAGAUCAGUCAGGACACAGGGAAGUACUGUUUUGGUGUAGAGGACACACUCAAAGCCCUGGAGAUGGGAGCUGUGGAGAUCCUCAUAGUCUACGAGAACUUAGACACAAUGCGAUACAUUCUUAGAGUGCAUGGGGCAGAGAGCAACGGAGCGGAAAACGGUACAUUUGUGCAACUAUUCAAUUACUGAGAAAGACCAUUAAAGUUAUAUUGUAAUGCUAUAACCUUUAUGUCUCUCCUUUGGUUAUUAGAUGAAAAAACUUUGUACUUAACGCCAGAGCAAGAGAAAGACAAGUCCCACUUCACAGACAAGGAGGUGAGUACCACCAGGAAAAAAAGGACUAAUUUCUGUGAAUUAGGUCAGGUCCAUUACCUAUCGUAGCACAUGUCCCUGACUCUGCUUGUGUUGGUAGACGGGGCAGGAACACGAGCUGAUAGAGAGCAUGCCACUGCUGGAGUGGUUUGCCAACAACUACAAGAAAUUUGGAGCCACAUUGGAGAUAGUCACAGACAAGAGCCAGGAAGGUUCCCAGUUCGUCAAGGGCUUUGGAGGCAUUGGGGGUGAGUACAGCAGAAUUGUACAUUUGUUAAGUGUAAAGUUAAGAAGUUGGUUCAAACCAUCAAGUAUCCUUGGGUAUUUGGGAUUGUCUCUUUCUGCAAUCUGUGAUGGUGUAUUAAAUAUACCUGUCCUCUAAAUUAUUGUCCACAUAAUGAGAAAACAAGUAUUUUGCAUAGAAAUAUGUUGAUGCAAUUCUACAGAUGGUUUACAAGCUGCUCAAUCUAAAUUAAUUUUAUGAUGAGAUCAGCACCACUAAGGACAUUGAUAGCCAGCGCCGUGUAAAUUCAAGAAUGUCACAACCUAUUUAUAGUUAUUGGCUUUAUUUCACAGACUGGAGAUCAAAACCUUAACAUAUCCAGUUUGUGGCUGGGAUCCUUCUGCUUUAAGGAAGCAUUUUAACAAUUUAGAAACAAAGUGUUGUUUAAAUCUAUUCUCGGCUUCAGCACAAAGAAAUAAUGAAUCCCUGCACUUUAAUUAAAUAGGGUAAUUGUUGUGAGGCGGGCUCUUCAUCUUGAUUUUGAUGUAGCAGAGGGGGAAAUGUACCGUCUUUAUGUCCUUCAAUCACUCUGAAAGGGAGAUGAGGGAAUCAGGUGAAAUGAAGGCAAAUUUAAAACGACCUAAAUUCCUUAGGGUACUGUUCUCUAUUUGCACCUAAUGCUUUCCUCCUAUCUCAGCAUGGGAAGACCCUAUGAAUCCCUGUGAUCAACAAUAUUAAAUAUUCUUUCAUAACUGUUGAAGGCUAAAUGAUUUAGUUAUUUAUCCCGGAGCACUUAUAAAUGAUCUUUAUAGUGUUGGAUGUGAACAUCCAAAUAUUGUAAAAUUGAUGUGGCGCUCUCCUUAAGACAGGUUCGGUUUUUGGUAAUGUUGAGUUCUUGUCCUGUCAGCGGUAAACCAAGUAGAAUCUUUCACUUGUUUAUUUUUGAACAAGCAAGCGGCAAAAUGAUCAGAGGAACUAUUUACUGAAGAGAAAAAAAGAAGGAACAAUCCCUGCUUUUUUUCUAUUAAAUAAAAAGUUAAUUUUGUCCUUGUGGUUGUGUGUAGUCCCAGAAGCCUUAUUUCGAUCGAAUCUCCCUUGACAACUGAAGAGGUUCAGCUCAUUUUGAUAUAAUUAAAUUUUUUCAACCACUUAUUUGUUAAUCUGCUGUUUUUGUAUUCCUCAGGUAUCUUGCGGUACAGGGUGGACUUCCAGGGCAUGGAGUACCAAGGAGAGGACGAUGAGUUCUUUGAUUUGGAUGACUACUAGGUAGUCGGGGACUGAUACUGGGAGAAAAAAAGAAAAGCAAAGGAAUGAAUGAAGAUUUAAGGAAAGAAAAAUGCCACCUCUCGUGCAGCAAGUGAGAGGUGCAACCGUGUUGACCAUAUAUAUGACAGACACACCUUCCAAUUUACCUGUUGCACACACAAACUUGCACAUACAUUUCAUCUGUACACAAAACAAAGUACAUCACACAGGCUGAAGAGGAGUGAGAUUUUCUUUCAUCCAGAGAGGGAAAAAGCCCUUCCUGAAUAAAUCCCUGCCUUAGAGUGCUGGUUCCUUCCCCUAGUUGGAUUGGACUUGACUCAUUUUUGUUCCUUUUUUUUUCUCCUCCCCUCCAUUUUGAAUGAACACAACAGCAAGUUCCCAGAUUCCUCGCUGCCCCCAACCUGGUCUGAAGAUAAACUUUGGACUUACUCUUCACAUAUAGAAAAUAUAUUUUCCUUUCUUGGCUCAUCAUGACCCUACCCUACAUCUCUCCUCUCCCUUCUAUGCUUUCUCUCUCUUUUUUUUUUCUUUCUUUUUUUUUUUUUUUUUUUUUUUGCAUUUCAUUUUUUUACUGGUAACUGCUGCUGUUGUAUUUUAUGAGAGUGGGGGAUUUUUUUUACCUGGGUUUCUGUAGAGAAAGGGGGACAAAGUAUUAAAUUUGAACUGCUGAAAACCAUUGAUACCUCCUCAUCUGCUGUUGUCUCAGUCCUGUGCUGUGUCUUGUUUGUGGAGGGCCUGACCUUUUCUCUACUUUCCUUACUUCAGUUGAAUCUUUACUGCGAUAGUCAUCUGUCACAGUGUGCAUGGCUUCUGUCAGGAGUUUCUACAGUGUACAAGAAUCAUCAGGAUCCACUCAUGUUGUAAUGAACAUCGUUUUUAUGAAGCAAGAUUAUUGAGGUGCAUCUGAAUCACAUAUUGUUAAUUCUAAAGUUUUGUAGAACUUGAAACCCAUUUGCAAGAUUUUAAAUGACACAUUUGAUUUCAUUGAAUUCUGAAUUGAAUUAUGCAAUUUGUGGAUGCGGUCCUGAAAGUACUGUCACAUAUGGAAUACUCCAAUGGGCUAAAAAUGUAUUAUUUAAGAUAAAGGUGAGUCUUCAUUCAUAAUGUGUCUUUGGCAAGGAAAUGUUAGGGUAAGGGUCUACUCAGGAAGACUUGAGACUUUUUUAAAUGAAAUAAAAACCCCAACUUUAUAAAAUACAUGUAGAUUAAAGGUACAAUAUUAAGACGAAAA